AUGGGAAACCAGAAACUAAAGUGGACGGCGGAGGAAGAGGAGGCGUUACUCGCCGGAAUUAAAAAACACGGCCCUGGUAAGUGGAAGAAUAUCCUCCGCGAUCCCGAAUUCUCCGAUCAGCUCAUUAAUCGGUCCAACAUCGACCUCAAGGAUAAAUGGCGUAACUUGAGUGUUGCUCCCGGUAUUCAAGUCUCAAAGGAUAAGCCAAGGCCGGUUAAAGUGAAAGGUGAAGGCGUUACUCAAGAUACUGCUAUCACCACUCCACCUUCUAAUCCUAACCCUUCUUCAAAACCACCUCCCUCUCUUCCACGCACUGCACCUUCCGACUUGACCAGUGAUGACGGUUAUAACACAGUGGCGGAUUCGAAGAACGCUCCAAGAUAUGACGGGAUGAUAUUUGAAGCUCUUUUUGCUUUGGCAGAUGCUGAUGGAUCUGAUAUCAGUUCCAUUUACACUUUCAUCGAGUCAAGGCAUCAUGUGCCGCAAAAUUUUAGAAGAAUCCUUACCUCAAGACUGAGGAGGCUUGCAUCUCAGGAAAAGCUUGUGAAGAUUAGCAUCUUAAAACCUUUGCAGAACUUUUACAAGAUACCAGAAGGAGCAGAGACGAGAAUACCACCUAUAAUUCCCCCAAAACCAGCAAAGGAGACGAAUACAAAACCAAGGCAAUCAAACAACCAGGCUUCCGCAAUCUCAAACGUGAUGAUAGAGGAAGCUGCAAUAACCGCUGCCUAUAAACUCGUAGAAGCAGAGAACAAAAUAGGCGUUUCUAAAGCAGCAGUAGAGGAGUUGGUGAAGAUGAACAAACUUGCAGACCUAUCAGAACAUCUCCUGAAGUUAGCUAAAGAGAUGCAUGAACACUGUUCUCGUGAUCCGAGGAGUUUUGCGCUUUGUCUCUUGUUGAAUCUCUCAUUCUCUUUCUCGCUCGUCAAUUUGCUAACAACAUCAGUCAUGGCAGGAAUGGCAGCUGAAGGAACCCAAUACGAUCCUCGUCAGUUUGACUCUAAGAUGAAUGCAAUCCUCGGUGAGGAAGGAGAGGAAACAUUCUACACCAUCUCUGACGAGGUUUGCGACAGCUUUGAUGCAAUGGAAUUGAAGUCUGAUCUUCUCAGGGGUAUUUAUGCUUACGGUUUUGAGAAGCCUUCUGCUAUUCAGCAGAGAGGGAUUGUUCCAUUCAUCAAGGGUCUUGAUGUGAUCCAGCAAGCUCAAUCUGGAACUGGCAAAACCGCUACCUUUUGCUCUGGCGUGUUGCAGCAGCUUGACUACACUCUUGUUCAGUGCCAAGCUCUUGUCUUGGCUCCUACCAGAGAGCUCGCUCAGCAGAUCGAGAAGGUUAUGAGGGCGCUCGGUGACUACCUCGGCGUCAAGGUUCACGCAUGUGUUGGUGGGACUAGCGUCCGUGAGGACCAGCGUAUUCUCCAGACUGGUGUUCAUGUUGUUGUUGGAACCCCUGGACGUGUCUUUGACAUGUUGCGUAGGCAGUCUCUCCGCGCUGAUGCCAUCAAGAUGUUUGUUCUUGAUGAAGCUGAUGAGAUGCUCUCUCGUGGUUUCAAGGAUCAGAUUUACGACAUCUUCCAGCUUCUUCCUUCCAAGGUCCAGGUCGGUGUUUUCUCUGCGACCAUGCCACCUGAAGCUCUUGAGAUCACAAGGAAGUUCAUGAACAAACCGGUGAGGAUCCUUGUGAAGCGUGACGAGCUGACUCUUGAAGGUAUCAAGCAGUUUUACGUCAACGUUGACAAGGAAGAGUGGAAGCUAGAGACGCUCUGCGAUCUCUACGAGACUCUCGCCAUCACUCAGAGCGUCAUCUUUGUCAACACUAGGCGUAAGGUUGAUUGGCUAACCGACAGGAUGAGAAGCCGUGACCACACUGUCUCAGCUACACACGGAGACAUGGACCAGAACACUAGAGACAUCAUCAUGAGAGAGUUCAGGUCUGGAUCUUCUCGUGUCCUCAUCACCACUGACCUCCUUGCUCGUGGUAUCGAUGUUCAGCAAGUCUCUCUGGUCAUCAACUUUGACCUCCCGACUCAACCGGAGAACUACCUUCACCGUAUCGGAAGAAGUGGAAGGUUUGGGAGGAAGGGAGUGGCGAUCAACUUCUUGACGACUGAUGAUGAGAGGAUGUUGUCUGAUAUUCAGAAGUUUUACAAUGUGGUCGUUCAGGAGUUGCCAAGCAAUGUUGCUGAUCUUCUCUGA